AUGGCGGGCCUGGAGCACCAGGUGCACCUGCUCAGCGCCCAGGUCCAGAGGCUGGCGGUGGAGAAGUCCUCGUUGCAGAAUCAAAACGACCUGCUGUCCAAGGUGCUGGCCAUGAAGGAGGGCCAGAUGAACGUUUUGAGGCACGAGGCGAAGACAAAGGAUGAUGAUUCACCCUCUGGGGAGGUGGGGCCCUGCCCACCGUGCUCGAUGCGUGCAGUUCUUGGCCUAGCCACCGUUGAGUCUGCCAGCACGUACACCGCGGAAGUGGUGAUGAAGAUGUCACUGGAUGAGGUGUGCCAGAAGUACAAGGAAUAUGUGCACAACCUGUCCGAGCUGUUGAUUUCGGUGGACAAGCCGGGAGGGAAUCCAGACGCGGAAGGAGAGAUACAUAAGAUCAUGGCAUACCAGGGCGAAUUGCUGGCUAAGCUGGUGGUUUUGAAACCGGAGCACGGGGCCAUGUUUGUUGGCCGGAACUUUGAACUUGGGCGCACAGAGCUGCCAGAUGAAACUGAAGCGCUAAAGAGCACUGAAGGGUUGCUGAGGGGCCUGGAGUUGACGUCCUCACAACGGAAGAGGAUUGUGGCACUCUACCACCAGUUUCAGACGAAUAUGCAGCGGAUCAGAAAGAAUCGGCAGCAUCUGAACAAGUCGUUGCAGGACCACCUGUCUGUGGCAGAGGGAGAGUAUGUGCCUGGCAUUGGGAUGCACAAAGUCGCCAAGACAACUGUGGAGAUGGACGAAGUCAUGCAGGAAUUGAAGAACACUGUGGACUUGGAGCGCCAUGAAUACAGCAACCUUUGCGGCGCGUUUUUCGCAAUGAUCCUGUCCAGCUUGCAAGCAGCUCGGACCAUAGUGCGCUCGUACCCUUUCUACCCCGAUGUCAUGGGCCUGACCAUACUGGUCGUCCGAACGUCAAAGGAGGAAGACCUGGACAGCGGGAGCGACUGCACCGGCGCCAGCUCGUAG